AUGGCGGCCGGUGCAGCCCAGGUCAGCAAGCUCUCGGCGAACUUGCCACCUCCCACAGAAGCACCGGCAGAGGGCGGCAAGGCGGUCCGAAGUGUCGACGUGGUAGUGGUCGUGUCGUGCGUGAAGGCAGCUUUCGAUCGCGUUCGGGGCCAGGGCAGGGUGAUGCUGGGUGCAACUCGACAGCGUCGCAAGAUGUGGAUUGGAGAUGGACGGGUGGCGAGCAACAGCCCAUCUUGUGGCAGCUUGUUUCAAGAUGCAAACAAUUUUCUUGCUUCCACUCGAUGGGUAUCGCUGGGUGAUCUUGCAACGCUUCCUUUUGCUUUGACACGCAUUUGGCUGAAACUUCAACUCACCACCUUUGCAACGUGUCAGGCCUUGUGUCGCACUCCUGCAGUCAUCCGUGAACUGUAUAAGGAGUUUGGCAAGUUGCCUCUUGAGGACACGACGGAGGCUUACCAGAGCGAGCACGGCCUGGGGAACGCUGCGCGCAUAGGUAAAGGACAAGGGGAACCAAAGGGGCAGUUUUCCUUCAUGCUGACGAGCCCGGAGCUGGGGCCUUAUCCAACCACUAUUUCUUACACUUUCACUUUUGUGGGUGUCGAGGCCCCCCCUGAGGAGGACGAGGGCAUGCUGGCUCCGGAGGUUGCGGGAUCACAAAUUUUCCUGAAUGCUCAGGAGACAGAUGGCGAUCAAUUGGAUGAAGUUCCGGAGGCAGCUUGGGGUGCUGGUUUGAUGCCGUGUUUCACGAUGGGGACAACAGCACGACUCCUCGAGGCACCGAGGGAAAUGCAGAGCCAGUAUUAUCAGAGCCACUACGGCCACCACACCAACCACACCUCUCAGCACCUGGACCGAAAACAGGGCUUCUAUCUCGCAAGGGUAUUGAUGAUGCACAAAGAUUUGUGGGGGUGGGCUUUGACCGUCCAUGGCAACAAGGCCACACGGGUACGGUCUUGCGGCACAGAUGAGCUUUCACGGUGCAGGUUCCAGCAGCUCUACCAGCCGUACAGUCCAGGUUAUGCAUAUCAAAUGGGAGGCAGCUUCCUCGGAGUGCAAGCCGAUGAAGCCAGAGCCGCCAGCCGAAAUACAGGCAACUGGGCAGAGGUAAAGACCGUGGGAGUCCAGAGUCCAAACUGCCUUGACCUCAUCUUGACCUCUGGCGCCUUCAAGACAAUUUUGCUGGAACUGUCUGAACCGCCUGGCCCAGAAUCUGAGAGGAACAUCUCAGCUGCUUUGCAGUGGCUGGUCAAAGGUGCUGGACCAGGAGACCAUCUCUUGUUCCACUACAGUGGUCAUGGUUCCCAGAAGCGUGACAUGAGCGGGGAAGAAGCCGACGGGAAAGAUGAGACCAUCGUGCCCUGUGACUUCAACAAGUCUGGCAUGAUCACGGAUGACGAGCUGAGGAGAAUGCUCGUUGACGGGCUUCCAAAAGGUUGCCGCUUAACCGUGAUCAUGGACUGCUGCCACUCGGCCGGACAUGACGUCAAGACCCGCACCACCACCCCAGGCAUCCGCACGCUGCACAGGCGCCGGAGGCACCCCUCAGAGGCGGAGGUGGUCCUCCUUUCAGGCUGCAAAGACUUCCAGACCAGCUCCGAUAUCUCGGGGGGCAUUGCAGGGAAUCGUGCUGCAGGUGCAAUGACCACGGCUUUCAGAAAGAUAAUCUCGAAGAAGAAAAGCAUCUCGUAUCACCACCUCCUGCUCGAAAUGCGCAACUUUCUCAAGCAGCAAGGUUUUGACCAGGUGCCCCAGCUGUGCAUGGAGUUCCAUUUGAACUUCGAGGAGUCUUUCCUGCCCGAGGCAGACCCUCCAGUGGCACAGCUGCCGACACCGCUUCGUAGUACACAGCGCAGAGCGCUGACAAUUGGCAUAAACUAUUUCUCGCUGACUCCAGGUCAAGGACGAUUGUCCGGCUGCAUCAACGAUUCUGAGACGAUGAUCACCGUGUUGAAGGACACGUUCAAGUUUGAGGACAGCCAGAUCUGCCGCUUGCGUGAUGAUCACACAAACAUGAUGCCGACAAAGGCCAACAUCCUGGCCGCUAUGCGGUGGCUUACCCAGGGCGUCGGCAGCGGCGACGAAUUGUUUUUGCACUACAGUGGCCACGGUGGUCGCGCUGAUGAUCGCAGUGGGGACGAGCUCACCGGCAAGGACGACACCUUGAUCCCAUGCGAUUUCCAAAGCGCAGGGCAAAUUAGCGAUGAUGAGCUCCACAGCCUGCUGGUGGAACAUUUGCCAGCGGUGCAGCACUCAGGUACGAGCUGCUGCCAUUGCCUUAGCCUUUGCGUAAAUGGCAAGGGUGGGCCAUCUGGUGCAAUGCGGCCACCACAGACCAUACUGAAGAAUGGAGCCGAUAUCGUCGUCCCAGUGGUCGGCCAGCCAAGCCGGCAAACGGAGAGGUCAGGAAGCCUUGCUCCGAAGGCAGCCGGUGCCAUGACCACGGCCUUCCGACACGUCAUCAGCCCAGCCAUCUCCUGCGAGGACCUAUUGCUGCAGAUGCGCCACUUCCUGCAGAGAAACAGCUUUAGCCAGGUGGACUCACGAAUCCACCGCUUGGAGGAGCAGAUCCAAGAGUUGCGGCAGAGGCCUUUAAAGAGCAAGGAUGAGUCUUGA